UCGCCGCGGCCAGUUCGAUAAAAAUCAGUCGUUCGUAGGGGCUGUUUUGGCGUGGUGUCAGUGCUGUGAUUUCUGUUACAAGUUCAUAUAUAAUUUAGUGAUAAAUUAUAAGUGAUUAGUUUUGGAGUCUGCAUUCAGCCGAAGACUCCCAUAUACGCUAGAUGAUCACGACGUGGAAUGAUAAAUGGUUGCUACCAGCAGCAUGGUGUAUGAGGAGAUAGUCGGUAUACGGGGCAGCUGACCCCAGCCGCCGCGCACGCUUUUCACGCGCGAAAUGCCCCACAAUUUAAAUUCUGCUUCCGUCAACUCCGCCAAUACGGAAUCAAAUCAUCAGGCCUACAUUCAACAACUUUAUCACCGACAAAAUGGAGAUGGACUUCUUCAACCCGAAAAAGAACCGGUGGAGUUCGACACGUCGCAUUUGCGCGGUGCACCGGCCGAGGUCGAGGCACUGGUACAUAAUAUCAAAGAAGUUGCACAACAGUUCCUUUACCAUUGGAGAACAUUCCCAAUUAUCCUUCCACCACCAUUGUCUACGUGCACAGAAGGUGAAGACACAUUGGCGAGAAAGAAACACCAUUUGAAAGACCUCUUUGUUGCACCUAGUUUCGACGAAUUGGAUUCAGUAGCUGUAGAUUGCAAGGGUGAGCCUAGGAGAUUGACCAAGAAACAACUAGAAAGCAUUAGCAAACGAGGCUUUCAGAAGGAGAAGUACGGAAAACCGAAGAAGCUGAAUGCCACUCAAUUGGAGAGCAUUCGAAGAUGCGGGGAAUUCGAAGUAGAUUCGAUUAAUUUCGCUGGACAAACACAUCGAUGGAGAUUGAGCGGACUUCUUCAGCGUGGACGGGACAGAAGACGAGAUGCAUUACUUCGAGAUCUUGCUUUGGCAACUAGAUUUCUUGUAGUUACAGCAAAAGCUAGAUUAAUCUCCCAUUGUUUCAGUGUAUCGCAAUCUUUGAAAGCAUUAAUAACGGGAUUAUUACGGCUUCUUGAUAUAAUAAUUGGUGUGCCAUCUCUUCAAGCACAUAAUUUAGAUGCCAAAAUUAGAGAAGAGCGAUGUCGAUACUUGGUUGCCGAAUUAGUAUGCAGGCCCGAAUACGAAGAUUCUCUAGAACUUUUAUGUGGUUUCGUACGAAAACAACUUCGACGUGCGACAAUGGAAAAAUUCGAAGUAGAAAGAGAAUUAUCGCAACUAUUGCCUAUCCCGGUACCUUUCGUAUUUGGGACUCCUGCCGGAGCAGUGGUUGAUCUUAGAUUAUUUAGCAGAGACAUUAUCAAAAAAGCUUUACCGAUUUUAGUUGCUAUUUUGGAGAGAGAGACACGAGGCUGGUUUCUUCAUUUCAGAGAAAGACUGAUAUCUGAAUUGAGAGCGCGGAAAAAACCAGAUGAAGAGAUUGAAAGAGAAGUCAAUGAAGCUGUUAUGCGAGAAUAUUUACAACGAGUAUUUUCUAACAUUUUGUCGCAUCCAGACAUACUUGAUCUUGGUAAUGGAAUCGCUCAACUAUUGGUUCAACAAGCACAAUCGGUUGUAUUGAUGCACCGAGCCGUAAAAACCGUACAACGUAAACUGAUACAAACUAAAGAAACAUUGAAAUAUCAUAUAGAAAAUGAACAUCCAGUUCUGUCACGAAUAGAACCGUGGAUGCGCGAUAGAAUGAGAGAAGUCGAAGAAAAAUUCAUCGAAGAGUGUGAAUGGAGUGCUCAUGAAGAAGCUCUCACAUUGUGCACUCAUCAAAAUUUGCAGCAGACAGUUUAUUUUCUUAACCGUGAUUUAACUUUUAUGAAAGAGCGAGAACCAGUUUUAUUAAAAGAAUUGCGCAAAGUUAAAACACCCACGAGAAGUUUUCAAUGGCCAACUCAGAUAUGGUUUCCAAAGAAUUGGAUCAUCAGGCGUAAUUUUCAAGGCCAGUCUGAAAUUAUACCAACAGUAUUAAGUAAUACUCCAACAUCUAUUACUACACCUCGUGCAGAUCCAAGUCAGCCUGUCUUCUUAGUGGAAAGAGAGAUUGUACACACAACAACAACAAGAUGGCCCAUGUGGCGUUGGAUUAAUUACGUAGCUAGAACGUGGUGUUGGACAUGGAAUGCAAUGUUUCUACUAGGCGUAGCAGUACCAUGGUGUAGUCCAGUUUCCAUACGAGCUUUACUACUCGUACAACCUUUUACUCCCGAUCUAGAAUUGAGUCAAUUGAAUGGAACAUUGUUUCCCAGAAAAUCAUCUCAAAUGCCUACUCUUUGUUCUCGAUUGAUAGCACUUUGGAGACAUAUUAGCAAAAGUCGGACACAUUUUGAAACGGAACCGGAUACUGGAUUUAUUGGAAAAGGAAUGACAAGGCAUUUAAAUAGAUUAUGGAAUUAUGGCAUGAAAGGUCUUUUAGGAACACUUAUUAUAUUAUUUGUUUUUCCUGUCGUUUGUAUAGUUACAAGUUUAGGAUCACUUUUUAUUGCACUUACUGCAAUUUUAUGGAUGCCUUUAAUCACUUUAACAUUACAUGCAUUCAUGGCGCUUAUAAUGGAUUUAGAUAGUCCAGAGCCAAGUAGAAAUCGAUAUUUGGUAAUUAUGGAAGCAUUAGUUUGGAAUAUCGGAAUACAAGGCUGUUUGCAACCAAUUGCUGCAUUAAUUGUUGCUCUUAUUUUAUGUCCUAUCAUUUCUUUUGUGAUACUUACAGUUGCUGUGAUACGUUAUUGGAUUAGAGUGGUUUGGGAUACAAUUAUGUUUCAUUUAGUAAUAAAAAAUAGAGGUCGUAUACCUGCCAGUGAUAGUUUUGUGGUUAAAAGAAUAGCUGGACCAGGGUUAACUUCUGAUUAUUAUUAUCAAAUUAGACCUGAACAAGCAUUAGCUGCGUUUGAAGCAAAAUUAGAGUUAGAUGAAUUGUUAGCCUUUCAACAAGAAACAGAACGAUUAAUUACACAACCACAGAGAGAUUUUACUCAAUUUGUAGAAGCCUGUUUUGGCCCAUUUGCUGCUAGUCUUGCUAAAACAAAAGAUCCAUACAAAUCACUGGAAAAAGAAGCCAAAGAUCUAAUUGCCGUAUUACAUGAAAAAUUAGAUAGACGUAGAAAAAAUUUGCAAACUGGUCUUGGAAUGGUUGUAAGAAGUAAAAUAAAACUUACCACUUUCGAUCUAAAGGUAGUAAUACAACAAGGAGCAUUGAUGUUAGAACGUCUUUAUCCCAGUCAUGUGUUUGCGAGAUUGUCUGGGAACGAAGAAGAUUUUUGGGAAAAUAAAGGCUUAAGUGCUGGUGAUUGGGCUGGUUUAGCUGGGCUUAUGUAUGCAGAUAUUUUCAGUUUAAAUUUUCUUCAACCUCUUGACGAUGCAGAUACAAAAUUUAGAUUAGAAGCUCAUCCAGGUGUCGAUUUGUCGCGUUAUACAGAUAUAGUUCAUAGUACUGAAAUUGGUGGUACCAAUGGGCCAGAUUUACUUGGCGCCGUUUAUGCACCACGUGGAAAUAUACAAGUUUAUAGUCCUUAUCUAGAAGUUUCUGCUUUCAAUCCACGAGCUAAACAGACUAGUAACAGCAGAAAAUCUGAUAAACGAUGUGAUAGCGGAGGACUUUUAACAUCAACAAAAAUCAGAAGACGCACAACAUCUACAAAUGGUACAACAGAGACACGUUGGCAACCGUGGAAACGGCAAAUUCGUCCUUAUAGUGCAGAAAAAUUACUUAUUCCACUUCCGAUUCCGCAUCCAGCUCAUAUAGCUGUUACUAUUCAUAAUCGUGAUUCUGAAAAUCCGAUUCCGCUCGAUUCGGAACUUUGUCAGAAUAUAUUGAAAGCAAUUGAAGAAUCGCCCGGUGAAAUGUCCACUGAGUAUGUUAGUCGUUAUAGAGGGGCUGCAGAUUCUAGUUUCGAUUCAGUAGCUUCGCAUUCUUCAGUUUCCAUUGAAACUGGUUUAGAUAAGGAUAAUGAAACACAGGAAACGACAAAUACUGAAAAAGAAGGUGAAACUUAUCAUUGGACAUUGUCAAAUUGGGAUGGUGGUAUAACGAGAAGAAGAAACAAUUCUGGAUCUAUAAAAGUUGAUCUAGCAUCUCCAGAAGACGUUACUCUGGAUACAGAUACCACCAGAGUGAUGUUCAGUACAUAUGGAACAACUGUUUAAAGUGAAUUUACUGUUAUAUCAGGUAAAUAUAUUAUAUAUAAUAGGUGCAAGUAGAAACAAAUAAGUGUAACUAUGCAGAAGUUUAGAUUUAGAUCUUUUAUUUAUUUAAUUUUUUAAAAUCUGCAUUUAUUCGUUUGAUUUUUAUUACAAAGAAAUACAUUAUCAAAUCCUUUUUCAUAAAAAAAAUUAUAUUUUAAAUUAAUUUUAUUUAAAAAAUACAAAAUAGAAAUCAUAAAUUAUAUUAAAUUCAAUUGCACUUUGAAAUUUAAUUCAAGAGAUAAGAUUAAAAAAUAUGUUUUUUCUUUUAUAAUUCAAUAUCAUUUUAAAACACAACACAAAUGUGUAUAAAAAUAUAUAAAAAUUUCAAAGAUAAAUAUGUGCCUAUUAUAGCACAUUAUCAAAAUCAUUUUAUCUUAAUAUUUCACGAAAAAAAUGUAGGCAAAGUAAUACUAAAUAUUGAAAAUAAAUGUUUUGCAGAAUUUACAUUAAUAUAUAUAUUAUAUAUAAUAAAAAUGCUAAUAUUAUUUUCAUUGCAACAGAAUAUUAUCUUCUGUGCUUAACUAUAUGUUAUAAAUCUAUUUUCUGAAUUGGUUUUUAAUUAAUUUAAUUAAUCAGUGAUAAUUAUUAAAGAUAUUCAUUUUUAUUAAAAACUUAAAUAAACCGUUAUGGUGGGUGUUGAUAUAAUGAUAAGUAUAGAAUGCUCAUCUGCGAAGUCUGGGAUGUCAUUACAAAUUCAUAACUUUUAUGUAUACAGAUUAUAUACAGAGUCAAAUAAUUAAAAAGUUAGAAUGGCCAGCGCUGUUAAAAAAAAAAGCCUCUUUAAAUCUAUGUUAAAAAAGUUAUACAAUAUUCUUAUUGAUAUAUUGUAUAUAGAUAGUUAAUUGUAUAAAUAAACUUGUUAAUAUAAUAAUAAUAAUUCAAAUACAUUUUCUUCUUGUUCAAACUAAAGGCCAUUCAAAUAAAUACAUAAAAGUUUUCUCUUUUUUGAUAUUUAUAUAAUUCAUGUGAAAUAAUAUAGAAUUAUUUCGUUAUAAAGUAUUUAUAAAAUUUCAAGCUGCCAGUAUAUUGGAUAAUCUGUCAGUAAAACUGUUCAAACAAGUUAUGAUUAAUUUUUUUUUCCUAAGUAUACUAGCACAAUUUAAAAAAUUUUAUAAUUUUUAAUUGGAAUUAUUUACAUUUAUAAAUUCAUUAAAUUGUACACAUGUAUUUGCACAUAUUUGUUUAAUGAUGUAUUUAUUUUAAAUGAAUCUUUUUAUGAUUAAA